AUGUUGAAAUCGGUAGCGUUGCUGUUGGUUGGCGUUCUCGCCGUAAACGCGGCUUACUACGGCCGUCAACGUAGAAUCAGCAAAAAAUCGAUCGGAAAAUACGGAGGCGGAUUCGGGGGCGGAUAUGGUGGUUACGGGGGAGGAUUUAGCUCUGGCAUCGGAGGCUUUUCUUCCGGUGGAUACGGUGGCAAGGGUGGCUUUGGCGGCGGCUAUGGCGGUAUGAGCGGAGGAUAUGGCAGCGGAGGCUAUGGCGGUAUCAGCGGAGGCUAUGGUGGUAUCAGCGGUGGAUACGGCAGCGGAGGCUAUGGUGGUAUCAGCGGAGGAUACGGCAGCGGAGGCUAUGGCGGUAUCAGCGGAGGUUAUGGCAGUAUCGGUGGAGGAUAUGGCAAAAGCCUAGGCAUUGGAAAGAGCUACGGUGGCAGCAUCGGUGGUUCCUUCGGUAAGAGUUACGGAUCUGGUUUCGGAGGUUACUCCUCAGGCGGCUACGGAGGUUCAUCAUCAGGCGGCUAUGGAGGUUACUCCUCAGGUGGUUACGGAGGAGGAUAUGGCUCUGGUAUCGGAGGCUUUUCUUCAGGCGGAUACGGUGGCAAGGGCGGCAUUGGCGGUGGAUAUGGCGGCCAGAGCUACGGAGGCGGCUACGGUGGUAGAAUCAUUGGAGGCGGUGGUUAUGGAGGUUACUCCUCAGGUGGUUACGGAGGAGGAUAUGGCUCUGGAAUCGGAGGCUUCUCUUCCGGCGGAUACGGUGGCAAGGGUGGCUUUGGCGGUGGAUAUGGCGGCCAGAGCUACGGUGGCGGCUACGGUGGUAGCAUCAUUGGAGGCGCCAUGUUGAAAUCGGUAGCUUUGUUGUUGCUGGGCGCUCUCGCCGUAAACGCGGCUUACUACGGCCGUCGCGUCAGCAAAAAAGGAUCGAUCGGAAAAUACGGAGGCGGAUUCGGUGGCGGAUAUGGCGGUUACGGAGGAUAUAGCUCUGGAAUCGGAGGCUUCUCUUCCGGUGGAUACGGUGGCAAGGGUGGCUUUGGUGGUGGCUAUGGCGGUAUGAGCGGAGGAUAUGGCGGUAUCAGCGGAGGCUAUGGCGGUAUCAGCGCAGGAUACGGCAGCGGAGGCUAUGGUGGUAUCAGCGGAGGCUAUGGUGGUAUCAGCAGCGGAGGUUAUGGUGGUAUCAGGAGAGGCUAUGGUGGAAUCAGCAGCGGAGGAUAUGGUGGAAUCAGCAGCGGGGGAUAUGACGGUAUCAGUGGAGGAUAUGGCGGUAUCAGCGGAGGGUAUAGCAGUAUUAGCGGAGGAUACGGCAGUAUCGGAUCAGGAUAUGGCAGUAGCAGCGGCUAUGGAAAGAGUUACGGUGGCAGCAUCGGAGGUCACAGCAUCGGUGGUUCCUUCGGCAAGAGUUACGGAUCUGGUUUCGGAGGUUACUCCUCAGGCGGUUACGGAGGUUACUCCUCAGGUGGUUACGGAGGAGGAUACGGCUCUGGCAUCGGUGGCUUCUCUUCCGGCGGAUACGGUGGCAAGGGUGGUUUUGGCGGCGGAUAUGGCGGCCAGAGCUACGGAGGCGGCUACGGUGGUAGCAUCAUUGGAGGCGGUAUUGGCAGUGGUUUUGGUGGUUACGGACGCAGCAUUAAGUCCAUUGGAUAUUAA